UGACAUUGCCUCUGUCUUUUCUACCAGAGCAUGGAUCACCAACACUUGUUCACAUUUCCCUCGGGGUACGGUCCGUUCGCCCUCGGGAUUUUUGAUGAGAACUUUGACCUUCGAACGCAGCUACCCACAGAGGACAACCGAGAGACGGCAGCGGAAAACCGGAGAGAAAGGGAAAUGGCAUCGCGGCAAAGAUACAGUGCACGGCAACCACGCGGUCGACAUGUUCCUCGACGACAGGGUACGCGCCACGAAGGAGUGCCCACAUUAGAAGGAAUUAUCCAGCAGCUAGUAAAUGGAAUCAUAGCACCUACAGCCAUGCCAAAUAUGGGGAUGGGACCAUGGGGUAUGCUACAUUCCAAUCCAAUGGACUACGCCUGGGGUGCCAAUGGUCUUGAUGCUAUCAUUACACAGUUAUUGAACCAGUUUGAAAACACAGGUCCCCCUCCUGCAGACAGAGAAAGAAUAAAGAGUUUACCCACCGUUACCAUUACAGAGGAACAUGUGGGUGCCGCUUUAGAGUGUCCUGUGUGCAAAGAAGACUACAGCGUUCAGGAGAAUGUUAGGCAACUGCCAUGCAAUCACUUGUUUCACAAUGACUGUAUAGUACCGUGGCUGGAACAGCACGACACGUGUCCUGUGUGCAGGAAGAGUCUUAGCGGUCAGAACACGGCCACAGACCCACCAGGGUUAUCAGGAAUGAACUUCUCUCCCUCGUCCUCAUCCUCUUCCUCCCCCAGCUCCCCUAGCAAUGAGAAUGCUGCCAGAAACUCAUAGAGCGUCACCGUCACCUCACAGCUGCAAACCCCACAACGUACGUCAAACCCAACGGCUCCAAGCUGAAACCAGUCGAACCGUCUCAAUUCUAGGGGACGACAUGAGUCGAGCAGAAACUCUGAACCUGCUGCAGACUUUAAGUUAUCAUUCCCCCCCCCCUGGGUACAGCUCCUGCUGCUAUUGUUGCCGAGUAUUUGAGAAGGUGGGGCUGGGCUGUGUUGGAGGAUCCAGAAAGGCUGUGAAAAUUAAUAAAAGUGGGAUUGUGACCAGAACCGGAGCAGAGUUUAAGCCAGAGUGGACUGCUUUUUGAUGGAGACAUGUCUUUGCCUUGAGGCUUGGGCACAUUUUAUAUUAAAAAGAUAGACUGCCCUUUUUUUUUUUUAAACAUAGCCUGUGGAGAUGCAGAGUCCAUAGAUGUGUAGAUGGAUAAUUCAUGUUGAACGGUCGGCCACGGCACUGCUAGGGGGUCAGACUAAAACCUUGUGGGAAGAGAACUGGGUGUAUGCAUCUGAUUUUUAUUUAUUUGCACUUUGUUUUUAUUUUGCACAAAAUUAUGUCCGAUGUUGAGAAUGUGAAUUAAGGUAAACUACUGAACAAAACAAAGCAGAUUUUUCACAUUUUCUUUAAUGACUUGUGUUCUGUUUUCAUUAGAUUCUCUCUUCAUUAGAGCGUGAUCCAGUACAUUUGGUGCAUCUUGACAAGGUAAAGAUCCUCACAGUUCAACAGUGGACACAUUCUCUACUUAUUUAUUGAACCCUUGCCCAAGACACAAAUUGAGCAAUGCAAAAGAAAAAAUAUAUUAAAAAAAUAAAAG